AUGGUACCAAUUAUAAGAGAAAAGCAUCCAGCUGCGUUUGGAAAACCAUGUGCCGAAUAUUUCCCUAGUAAUUCACCACCGCUUUUAUUAUAUGAGCAACUAAAAAUAUCAAGAAAGGGUAUAUUCCGUAAUAACGAAUGUAUUUCUGUUUAUCGAGAUAACUAUUUAGAAGAAGGUUACUUUAGCUAUUCCGUGAGUCCAAUUUUAAAAGAAGAUGGUACAUUUUUUGCCAUGAUGAAUCUGUCAGAAGACACGACUCACAAAGUCUUAAGUAGUCGAAGACUAAAACUUCUUGGUGAAUUAGGAAGUCGUUUUAAUGAUGCUGAAUCUCUAGAAAGUGCCUGUAACAUUAUAACUGAUACAUUGCAUAAAAAUGAUAAGGACAUUCCCUAUGCAUUAAUUUAUCUUAUUGAUAACAAUAAUUCAAAUUCCAGGGUUAAACCUCGCAUUGCAUAUUUAAGUGCAACAACUUUUGACAAAGAUCAAAAAAUGAAUGAUAAGAAAUCAAAAUGGCACAUACCUGAUAAAUUAUUAAAAACUCUCGAAAUAGUUGACCUGACAAGAAGUGCAGAUGAAAGUUAUGAUGAAUAUGUAGAAAUAAGGCGAAACGUAACAACACAUUUAUUUUUAAAAUGUAAAUCUUGGCCAAUUCAUCUUGUAAUAAAAGAGGAUAAGCACGUUAAAGUUAUCUUAAAUGAUGAAUCACAAGCGGUACUAUUUCCGGUUAAAAUUGAGUCUAAUAAUAUUUUAUCUGCAAUAUUAAUUUGUGGCAUUAAUCCAUUUCGCCCACUUGAUGAGGACUAUAUGGAAUUUUUACAAUCUGUUGUGAAUCAAGUUGGUUCAAUCUUGAGACGAGGUGUAUUAAGGGAAGAGGAAAAAAAUCAGAUGGAAAUGCUAGCUGAUUUAAAUCGUCAAAAAGUCACAUUAUUUCAAAAUAUUAGUCAUGAAUUACGCACACCAUUAAGCUUAGUGCUUUCGCCGCUUGAUGAAGCAAUUAAUUUAUGCAUUCAGGAAAUAGAAAUACAUUAUCUUCUUCAGAUUGUUCAGCGUAACACUCGUAGAUUGCUCAAACUCGUGAAUAAUCUACUUCAAACUUCAAGCAUUGAAACCGGUCAAUUAGAAAUACAUUAUCGCAAAACUAAUAUAGCAAAACUUACAAAAGAAUUGGCUGCUAAUUUUAAUAACUUGGCUAGCAAGCUAAAUAUAGAAUAUAUUAUUGACGUUCCGAAUUCAGACGAUUUUGAUCAAGCUUUACAAAAUAAUAAUAGAAAUUAUUAUAUUAAAAUCCUUGCCCUUUUAAAAGGCUCAAAUGCAUUUAAACAUACUCAAAAUGGAUGUAUCAAAGUUCGUUUAUACAUCGAUCGUGAAAGUGGACGUGAUAUAAUAAUUCUUGAAGUAUCGGAUACUGGCAUUGGCAUUUCGGAAACUGACCUUAAAAACUUAUUUCAGCGUUUUUAUCGUGCAGAAUCUCAUCAAUCUCGUAGAUAUGAAGGCACCGGAAUCGGCCUUGCUCUUGUAAAGGAGCUUAUUACAUGUCAUGGAGGAGAUAUUUCUGUGACUUCAAAAAUUGACCAAGGAACAACAUUCAAAUGUCAGUUUUUAACAGGAUAUGAACACUUACCAACCAAUAAAAUUUACUCUGGUGACGAAGAAAUAUUAGAUUAUGAUGAACAAUUAUCUUCAAAACAACAAUGGUAUUUGGAAGAGAAUUUACAAUGGAUUCAAAAUAAUCAUUUUGAAAAUAGAGAGUAUACGAUGGACCAGGAUAUUUACAGAUCGUCGAGUUGGAAUGUAUUUCACAACAAUACAAAACAUAAAGUUUUGAUUGUUGACGAUAAUAUUGAUAUGCGAAAUUAUAUAGAAGGAUUAUUAAGAAAAGAUUUUGACGUGUGUUGUGCUUGUGAUGGUCGUGAUGCUUUACAACUUUUAACAAACCUACCAACAUUACCGGAUUUAGUUCUUAGCGAUGUCAUGAUGCCAAAUAUGAACGGAUAUGAAUUAUUAAAUGAAUUAAGAUCAAACAUGGAAACAAAAUUAAUUCCCGUAAUUUUAUUAACUGCAAAAGCUGGAGAACGCUUUAGUAUUAAAGGAUUUGAUGAUGGGGCAAAUGACUAUAUAGUCAAACCGUUCAAUUCUCGACAAUUAAUUGCUCGUAUACAUACGAACAUUAAGCUCUCGAAAUUUCGAUAUCAAAUAAUAUCUCGACUAUGUAAACAAGAAGAAAGAAAACAAUUAUUAAUUUCAAUUUCAGAUAGUAUUCUUUCCGGAUUAGAUUUAAAAGAAGCACUUUCAAAAGUUGUUAAAGAAGUUUAUCAAAUGAUACCGUGCGAUAGAAUAUUUAUUAUAUUAUCAGAAACUCAAAAUCGUACAAUGGUCGCUUUAUUUGAAGAUCCAGAAACAAAUAGUGAAUAUAAUGCGACAAAUAAUUUAUUACCUGAACAGUUAAAAAUAGAAGAAUUUCUGGAAAUUGAAGAUCAAGUUGACACAUUUUCUGCACAAAAUGACAAUGCUUUUCAAAUAAAUGUUUCACAUGAUACAUAUUGUGUAGAUACUAAUAGACAAGUAUCUAUGUUAUCUGCGAGAAUAAUUUCUAAUAAUAGAUAUUUCGGAUGGAUAAAAGCACAUAGAUCACCGGAUUAUAUUUGGGACGAAGCAGAAAUUGAAUUAUUUCAACAAAUAUCAGAUCAAAUAAAUAUAGCUAUAAAUAAUGUAAAAUUAACGAGAGAGAAGAUGAUAAAAGAAGCACAUAUAGAAGCUAUUAACGCUGCAAACGUUGUCAAGACUCAAAUAUUAGCUAAUACUUCACAUGAACUACGAACUCCACUGGGAGCAAUUGUGGGAAUCCUUUCUACCAUUAAAGAUGAUAACCUAACUGAUGAGCAAAGGGGCAUGAUUAAUAUUAUGUUACAUUCUUCAGAUACUGCAUUAUCUACUAUUAAUAAUAUUCUUAAUGCAGCAAAAUUAGAGGCACAUAAACUUUCAUUAGAUAACAAAGCCUUUGAUUUAUUUGAUUUAUUAGAAAAUACAAUUGAUAUAUUUGGAGAAACAGUUGGAGAUAAACAAAUCGAAUUAAUUUUAAAUUAUGAUAUGAAUACAGUGCCAAGAUAUGUUAAAAGUGAUCCUGAAAGGUUAAAACAGAUUUUAAUACACUUAUUAUCAAACUCCACCAAAUUUACGAAAAAAGGUGAAAUAAUGGUAACAAUAUCUAUGAAAUCAUGGGAUAUUACAAAUGAAAAUACAGAAAAUGAAACAAGUGCUCAAUUACACGUAAUUAAAAAAGCAAAAUUAUUGAUUGAAGUAAAUGAUACAGGUGUUGGCAUUAAUCCUGAGUUCAUGCAAAGUAUCUGGGAAAGUUAUUCAAUGGUCGAUACAUCAAUAGUUAGACAACACAACGGUUCAGGUCUUGGUUUGUUCAUAAGUAAACAACUAGUGGAAAUCAAUAAUGGUGAAAUUGGAGCAGAAAGUAAAUUAGAAAAAGGAAGUAAAUUCUGGUUUACAUGGAAUAUUGAAUUAUUACCAAUAUCAACUACUCUAAAAACCUUAAAUUUUAAUACUGAUUCAUUGCAAAUAUCAUCAUCGGAUACAAAAGUUAAUCGUAAUUUAUUAUCAUAUAUCAGAUUUAAGCGCAUAUUAUUAAUUCAUCCAUUUGAAAACGCGAGAAAUGCAAUAAUAACCUUCCUUAAAAAUAUAGAAAGGGUUGGCGUAUUUGAUACAUGUGAUAAAGGAAUUCGAGCAGCAAAAGAACACAAAGAAUUAUUUAAUCAAGCAGCUUAUGAUAUAGCUUUUAUUAACCUUUACGAAAAAGAUAUGGAAGAAGUUACAGAGGCUGCAUUAAAACUAAAAAUGAUACAUGAAGACAAUUUAUCGAUUGUUUUCAUGGUAUUUCCAAGUAUUAAAGGAAGAAUUAUAGCAAAAAAAUUAACAGAUAAAAUUGGAGGAAAUGCUGCUAGCAUCUUUAAACCAAUUACAUAUAAAAAAGUUAUCAAUCAAUGUUUGCGUAAUAAUAAUUUAAAAACGGAAAUAGAAAAUAGUGUUAAAAAUUCUAUUAGUUAUAAUAUUCAAAGUUUGCCUCUUAAGAACUUGUAA